AUGCCAGAAAUCGAUUUAAAAUUUAAGUGUAUACGUGGCGAACGAGUGUACACGGAACAAAACAAAGGCGAGCCAUUAAGAAACAUGACGGAGGAGAAGGACAUCGAAUGGAUGUAUCAAGGAGCGAAAGCGCUUGUAAAUCGCGAGGAUUACCUGCUUGGAAAGAAGAUUGACAAGAACUUUGAGAAAUACUCCGAUGCUGUCAAUGAACAGAAGCCAGAGGCUUUGGAUGCGCUUCUGCAUACAAGGUGUUUUCUUACAAGAUUAAGUUAUCUGCUUUAUGGCGUCGUUAAGAUCUUUUAUUCUAGAACAGUAGUCAAACCUCAGCCUUCUGCUGUGAAAACUAGCGCUUUGGAGACCUACGUUGUUGCUACGGAAGACCCCCUUGUUGCCGUCAAAGUGAAAGAGGAAACUCGCCGGCGAGAGGUUUUAGAGAACCCCCUCAUGAAACUGAAAUUUCAAAAAAUGCUAAAAGAAAUGAUGGCGGAAAAGGAGAGCAAAGGGGAGAAAAAGAAGAAGAAGAAAAAGAAAAAGAAGGAUUCCGGCCGUGAUGAUAAACCGAAAAAGAUCAAGGUAAUUGUAGUUGUUUGACA